AUGUCCACCAUUCAAGUUUACCAGGCGACUAAAGUCGGCGGACCUUUUGAGCUUAUCACAGCACCCAAGCCUAAACCUGGUGCCGGUGAAGUUACUAUCCGACCAAAAGCCGUUGCAAUCAACGGAAUCGACUGGAAGAACAUUACUUUCGGUGCCACAAUCCAAUCUUGGCCUACCGUCCUUGGUAUUGACGGUGCCGGCAUAAUCGAAGAAGUCGGCGAGGGCGUCACAAACUUCAAGCCCGGUGACGAAGUCCUAAGCUACGCUCGUGGUAUUCUAGGCAAGGGUUCAUUCCAGGAGGUGUACGUUGCAGUAGCAGAAGAGGUUACCAAGAAGCCGGCCUAUUUGAGCUUUGAGGAGGCUGCUUCUCUAUCAACCUGCUUCCUUACCGCAGCAGGUGCUAUUGCCGGCGGCCUCAAAGUAGGCAUCCCCGGCCUCUCCAAGAUAGAAAACACAAACCCGCCAAAGUCAAUUCUUAUUCUUGGCGGUAGCUCCGCCGUAGGAGCUGCUGCUAUUCAGAUCCUGCGGUUUGCGCUGCCGUCCGUUACCAUUGUGGUGACUAGCUCAAAGCCUCACCACGAGCACCUAAAGUCUCUAGGCGCAAACGCGGCUCUCGAACGAUCUGCUCAGCAGGACAGUGCUGCUCUUAAGGCCGCAUCGCCCGGGGGAGUUGGUUUCGACGCUAUUCUGGACGCUGUCGGAGCUGGUCCUGAAACGCCUGCCGUCUACGACGCGCUCAGGGCUGACGGACCGAAGCUGUACUCGUUGGUUCUUACUCGGCCUGACGCACAACCUCCCAAGGAACUCCAGUCCACAUUAGUCAGUGUGUUGAAUGCGGAGCCAGGCGCCAUGGCUUGGCUAGGAAAGCAAUUGGAGGAGCGCAAGUACAAGGUUCCCGUCAAGGCCGAGGUUGUUGGUCACGGAUUCCCUGAUAUCCAGAAGGGUCUGGCCAGAUUCCCGGCUCAGGUCAGUGGUGUGAAGCUGAUCGUCACGUUGUAG